CAGCGUUUUGUAAAGUAACCCUCCUUCUUUCUCGGAGUUUGUAGGGAUGGUUCAUGCAAUCUUCCUGCUGCUUGCUUGCUACUUAUUGUAGCAGGAGAAGAAACCAAAAAGUCAGCUCUCCAAACGCUAUGACGGCACGAUGGUCUCCAACAAAACGUUUCCAUUGUCUGUGAGCACAUGUCUCCUGUUUCUUCUCGGUGGAGUGACCUUACUGGGGUUGAGAGCUCUCUGCUGUUAUAUAACACGAGAGCUGUCGCACGUUUUGAUGUCUGCGGCACGAACAUAUGCACGCUCGGUUGUGGCUUCUUUUCGUCUGCAGCUCAGCUCAUCUUCGGUCUUUGGGAAUCUUGAGAUCACCGGCGCCCAAAGACACUCAGGAUUCAUAGCGAAGACUAACCGAACGAGACGAAAUACCCGCGAGAAACAUCGGGUUGAGCUGCGGGAACAACUGACAGACGCGGGACUAAAUUAGUGACCGCGGGAGACGAAUUUACCGCCAACGAAACGAAACGGAACGAAACAAAACGUGCCGUGCCGCCAUGCAUUCGCCAAUGUCAAGUCUCGACCAUUGGUGGUGGCGCUUCCUAGAGAACCACGUCUACCGCAUCCCACCACCGCCGAAGCGCAAGCGCACGAAGCCGAUGCAGGUUCUCUGCGUCGGUCCGCCGCGCAGCGCUACCGAGUCCCUGCAGCAGGCCCUACUCGCGCUCGGGUACGAUCAUACCUAUCACGGCUGGGAUAUCGUCUACGACGACCCGCCGAUUCCUGCUACGGGAUGGGUGAAGCUUGCUCGGAAGAAGUGGUACGGCGGCGGCGGGUCAUCCUCGCCGAAACGCAAAGGAGGAAAAGAGAUUGAUGACACAUCAUCAGAAGGCGACUGCCAGAUUACGGCCGAGGAAUUUGACGAGCUGCUGGGCCACUGCGUCGCGGUGACGGACGCGGCGGCGAGCUGCUUUGCGGCGGAGAUGAUCCGAGCAUACCCUGAGGCCAAAGUUGUUCUCAACGUGCGGCGGGACCUUGACUCGUGGCACAAGAGCGCGGUCAAGACGUUGGUGCACGUGAACGAGAGCUGGAGCUUCUGGGUGUCGAGUCUGUUGGAUCGUGAGGCGUUUUGGGCGUGGCACGUCUAUGAGAGGUUCUUGUGGGCCUUGUUCUUCCGGGCGCCGGAUGGGGACAUGGCGAGAGCGAUUAGGAGGAACGGCAAGUGGGUUUAUCGUGAACACUGCGAUAUGAUCCGAGGCAUGGUGCCCGCUGACCGCCUGCUCGAGUGGUCCGCCGAUGAAGGAUGGGAGCCCCUGUGCAAGUUUCUGGGUAAAGAGGUGCCCGAUGUGCCGUUCCCGCACGCGAAUGCCGCUGGGCCUGGGGGCGGGUGGAAGGCAAGGGAGGAGAUGGCGAUUAAGAGGUGGGUUGAGGGAGUAUUGACGAAUUUGAUACUGUUAGGGAUUUUCUUUGUGGGAGGGUGUGCUGUCUGGAUCAAGUAUGGAAGGUGAGGAUGACAUCCUAUGCAAAGAUUGUUGUUAGAGUAGGCUGGGUCGGACAGAGUACCUAUCAUGGUGCGGUCCUAUAAUGUGGAUGGUGC